GGAAAGCAAAGAGCAUUCUCCAAAGGAGGCAAGAGACACAACUGUUUCUGCGUGGAAAAAUCUUAAGAAAAAAACUGGUUGCCCUGGAGUUUACUCUCUGCCCACACUUGCAAUUUCCUUCUUAGAUUUUUGUACGCUCCCUUAAAGGGCGAGAAUCUGUUGGUGUUUCUUAUCGUGCUGGAAACCACAGCAUAGAAGAUUGUGGACAGUUAGCUGGCAGUGACAACAAGUGGCAAGAGCUUACGGCUGGAGAUGGCAUAGGACACCUUGGUCUGAUGUCUGUUCACUCUACUGCCUGGUCUUUUCUCGCUGACUGCCAUAUUUACCACUCGGACUGCCAUGUUGUCGGAGUCACGCUGGAGGAGCCUCCGUCAAACCUUGCUGGUGCUCUUCACUGCUACACUUCUCAUUGGAGUCACCAUGCUGGCCAUAUCCACUGAUAUCAACCCAGUGGGAUUUUUCUUCCUUGCAGUUGGGGCUCUGUGCUUGGUGGGCUACCUCAUAAGCGUGGCAGCAGAACAGUAUCUGAAGCAUCAGAAUCCAGCACAAGAAAAUCACACAGCCCCAAGGAGACCAAGUCAGGCAGGAGAUAAUGCAGCUUAUGAGGCGCCAGCAUAUGAGGAAGUGGUGGCUACUGGCUACUUAUCAGAGGCAGCACCAACGAUCUGGACCAUUACAUCCACUCCUGGAACAACCCUUCCUGAGCCUCCUCCCUACAGUGUGGUUAUUGAGCCUGCUGCACAUGGAGAGACGGUGGUGGAGACAGUCCGUGUCUCCGUGGCACCAGGCACACGGCGGGCCUCAGAGGCAGACAUGCAUUCAAAGCUACGUCUUAGACUGGUACUUCCCCCAAGACUGCAACGGGUGAUCUCAGAUAAUCAUGAACUCAAAGGGUCCGAAGAACGGCUGGAACGACUAGAACCCCUCACACCACCCCCUGCUUAUGAGAAUGCAACAGGUGACGAGGUUUUUGAAGAAGAGUUCCAGCCAUCAAGAUUAUAAUGGGGAAACUGGCAAAUUACAUUUGGGACAGUGUCACCACAUGGACAAAAGACAAACAAAUGGGUCCUAGAGUAGGUCAAGCCAGAAAUCUCCCUGGAAGCCAAGAUGACAAAACCUAGGUUGCCAUACUGCAAACGCAUCAUGAGAAGGCAUGACUCAUUAGAAAAGACAACAGUGCUAGGAAAGUUGGAGGGAUGUAGAAAUAGAGGAAGACCACAUGCUAGAUGGAUGGACUCUAAUAAGGAGGUCACGGGUAUGUGUUUACUGGAAAUGAGUAAAGCAGUAGAGGUUAAGGAGGCUUGGAGAUGUCUCAUCCACAGGGUCAGCAUGGGUUGAGAUUGACUCAGGAGUGGUUAACAACACACCGCUGUCUUGAAUUCAUGAUUUGUCAUGCUGUUGCAGCUCAGGCCCUUGGUGUCAGCUGGGAUGUGGUUCCAGGACCCCCCCAUGGGUACCAAAAGCCAUGGAUGCUGAAGUCCCAUUAUAUACGAUGACAUAGGAAAAUGGUGUCCCUUAUAUAAUGUGGUAAAAUCAAGCUUUGCUUUUUGAACUUUUUAUAUUUUGGGAAUAUUUUCAAGCCCUGGAUAGAUCAAUCAAUGGAUAAAGAAUCCAUGGAUAUGGAGGGCCAACUGUAAUUUAUGUAUUGCCCUCAGUCUCCUCCUCCGCUCCUUUGUUUAAAUCCCAUGAGAAUUAUGUACAUUUCAGGAUUUCAUGGCAGGAUUUCCCCCCUCUUUUUCCAUGGGGCAGGCAGGGACAGAGAUUUUGUGGCCUUUUAUUCUGUGGAUUGGAUUGUCUUGACCAUGUAGACUCAGAAGAUGCUUUGAAACUGCUACUGGAGAAGGAAGAGAGGACUGGUUGGCCCGUUUUUCAAAGAGACAUAUAUUAGGAGCUAUUAUGAGUAUGAAAUGCCAAGCACCUUACCUCAAUUACACAGAAAUUCUGGAGUCUCUAAGAAAGUUGGAGAAUCAUAAUGGAGAAGGCAUCAAUGAAAGACUAAAAAGAUUUGAAACAUGUCUUACAGUUUAUAAUAAAAACAUUGUUUUCAGUUUUUUUAAAAUUUGCUCUUCGUCAGAAUAAAAACAGAAAUAAGUAAGAUAUGUGCACCUGGUUGCCUUGAGCAACUACUAUCGUAAAUCCCCCGGUGUAUUAUGAGCUGACUUUGAAAUUCACUGAUUGAGAUAAUUCUAGGUUGUCUGAAUCUCUCCUUUAUACCUGCUAUGUAUCACCAUUCCCAAUGUAUUCUGUAGCAGAAGUUUCAUUUUUUCAGGCAGAUAAAAACAAUGUGUAUUAAAUAUGCAAAGGGAUCUUGUAGCACCUUUGAGACUAAAAGAAAGAAGUUGGUAGCAUGAGCUUUUGUUGAUUUGAGUCUACACUCUCAGAUGCCUGGGGCUGGAAUGGAGAAUCGAGAAGCAGACUUAUAUAUACCUAUUUCCCAGACUAACAUGGUUAUAUCUUUGAAUGUGUAUUUUCCUGUUCUUGAAGAGAUGUGAGACAAGCCCAGGUUGCAUACGGGCUGCAUACUGCCCAGUGAUGUAUGAAUGCGAUAAGAUCUGCCUUAAGAAAGUUACAUCCCUGGUCUAUCCCGGCAGUGGCUAUUGUAAUAAUCUCCUAAAUUUGUUCAGAAAUAUACCUCAAAAUUCUUCCCAAAUUUGAGAAUCACCUUUCAGGAAGCCUUUGUUACAGGUCAACCGCUUCACUGUUUAAGAUUACUAUUACGCAGGCAGAGCAUGCACAAUGCAAUCAGGAAUAGCUCCAUUAUCUUCUGUGUCAGGGAACAGGAUUGUUUUAUAUGAAUACUAAGACUGCAUAUGUGAAACAAUCUUUGUUAUGGAAUAUAAUAAAGUGUAGAGCUGUCUCAGAGUGUUGGAGAUACUAGACACAUCUCAGACAGGUAUAGG